AUGUUCAAGUACCGGAAGCUCGACCCCACGAUCAGCGAGAUCAGGCUCCUGCAGGUCCUCCCCGCCUCACAGGUCUCCGACCUCAUAGCAUGCCAGGUUCUCUACUGCUCACUCUCUCGCGCCCCUUCAUAUCACGCGCUCUCAUAUACCUGGGGGACGCCGACAGAAAAGAAGGAGAAGAUUACUCUUGACGGGGCGUCCUUUGCCGUGCAGCCGAACCUCUCGUCCGCGCUGCGCCAGUUCCGCAGCACUUGGGGCUCGGCGCUUAUCUGGGCGGACGCUGCGUGUAUCAGUCAGGAGGAUAAUGAGGAGCGCUCACAGCAGGUGAUGAUGAUGGGGAUUAUCUAUUCGAACGCGAUCGGUACUGAGGUUUGGUUGGGUGAGGCGGCUGAUGAGAGUGAUCUGGCGAUGGACACGGCUGAGCAUUGGCAUGAGCUGUCUGGAGGAAGAGGGGAGCUCACGCCUGCGCUUAAGGAAUGGCUUGGGAAACCGGAGGUCGCGUGGGAAGCAAUGACAGCGUUGUGGAGACGGCCGUGGUGA